AUGCCCAUGACUUGGAACGAGACCAACGACGCUAAACUCCUCGUCGGCAUCCUAUCCACCACGAACGUGAAACUGGACAUGCACGCCCUGGCCAAAUUCAUGGGUCCCGGCUGCACCGUCUCCGCCGUCCAACAUCGCAUUCAGCGUCUGAAGGACAAAGUUUCAACCUCUACUCCCGGCGGUACCGCCUCGUCCCCUGCGACUGGUACUACUGCGACUAGUACUACUACCAUGACUUCCCCGGGAAACGAGACACCCACUACUCCUACCCCCGCUACUCCCGAGAAAAGAAAGCGUGGCCGGCCCCGCAAGAACCCCGUUGCUGGGGGUGGUGAAGCUAGUACUUCUACUACUAAUACUAAUACUAAUACUGUUGCGGCUGCUGGUGCUGGUGCUGGUGCUGGCGCUGCUAAGAAGCCUAAGGCUAAGCGGGCUAAGAAGGCUGAUGGUACUGCUACUGCUACUGCUACUCCUGCGGUUGUUAAGAAGGAGGAGGGUAGUGAUGAUGAUGACGAGGAGCUUGGUGUUCCUGAGACUCCUGGGGCUGAGGAAGGUGGUGUUGGUGAGGGGGUGCAGGAGAGUCCUGUUGUUAAGGGCGAGGAGGAGGAUGAUGCUUGAUGGUGUU